AUGGCAUCCCGAAACGAACUCCUCGCCUGGAUCAAUGAUCUCCUUCAGAUCAAUUACACGAAAGUCGAGCAGUGUGGCUCGGGUGCUGCUUACUGUCAGGUCUUGGACUCUAUCUACGGCGAUCUUCCCAUGAACCGCGUCAAGUUCAACGCGAAACAUGAAUACGAGUUCCUCACCAAUUUCAAGGUCAUGCAGAACGUGUUCAAGGCCAAGAAAAUUGACAAGCCUAUCCCGGUAGAGAGAUUGGUCAAGUGCAAGAUGCAGGAUAAUCUCGAGUUCUUGCAAUGGGUCAAGCGGUUUUGGGAUGCCAACUAUGGGGGACAAGGCUACGAUCCUGUUGCAAGGCGGAAAGGUGCCCCCGCCGAUCCACCCGCCACCAUUGCACCUCUCGGCCCUUCGACAUCUCGCACCGGUCUUUCUGCUGGAGCACGAGCAGGCGGCCGAACACCCGUUGGCGGACGUGCCGGAAGUGCUCAACCGGAAGUCGUCCAACAACUUCGCGCUCAAGUACAAGAGAUGUCUACCCACCUCGAAGGUCUUGAGAAAGAACGGGACUUCUACUUUGAGAAGCUGAGAGAUAUCGAGAUCCUCGCUCAACAACAACUAGAGACGCUGGAGGCCGAAGGAAAGGACGACAAUACACUCAGAGAAAUACAAAAAAUCCUAUACUCUACUGAAGAAGGCUUCGAAGUACCCGAACCUGCAGCCGUCGAUGAAGAGGAGACUUUCUGA